AUGGCUUUCAGAGACUUGCCGUAUCAUGAUCUUCACCUCGUUUUACUGAUGGUAUCUUGUUUCCUUGCCAUUGCUGCAGCCACUGACACCAUAAGAGCUAAUGAAUCUCUCAGCGGCUCUAAAGGUUUGAUUUCUAGUGGAAAUAGAUUCAAACUGAGUUUUUUCAGCCUACCUAAUCGCAGCCUCUGGUAUGUCGGUAUCAUGUUCGAUAUCCGAGAGAUGACUGUUGUAUGGGUAGCUAACAGAAAUAAGCCUCUCAAUGAUUCCUCUGGAACAUUUCAGAUAUCAUCAGAUGGAAAUCUUGUUAUCUUGGAUGGUCAAAAGGAAAUUGUGUGGUCGACAAAUCUUUCAACUUCUGUUUCCAAUCAUAGUGCUGUGCUCUUAGAUACUGGUAAUCUGGUUCUGCAAGAUGACUCCAACAAUAACAUGUAUGUUUGGGAGAGCUUCCAGCAUGCUUCCGACUCUUGGUUAGAGAAGAUGAAGAUUGUUACAGAUUUGGGUAUGAACGAAAAGAACAUACUGACAUCAUGGACAAGUCCGGAUGAUCCCACAUGGAAGUUUCACCAUGACCAAUGUAUGGUAAAUGUGGACCUUUUGGAAGCUGUGAUGCUAAAGACAGGCCAAUAUGUUCCUGCUUUCGGGGAUUCAUGCCAAGAAGCAAGGUUGAGUGGGAGGCAGGAAACUGGACCAGUGGAUGCACAAGGAUAA